AUGUCAACCACCACCGCCCGGACGAAGCGCUCGGCGUCCAUGGCCCUCCCCGGCGCCAGCGCCGGGGCCGGCAAGGGCAGGGACCCCUCCCCGGCGCCGGCGCCCGGCGGGCGCGCGCGGCUCCGCGACGAGCAGCUGCGCCAGCUCCGGGAGCUCUUCCUCCGCUUCGACCUCGACGGCGACGGGAGCCUCACCAAGCUGGAGCUGGCGGCGCUGCUCCGCUCCCUGGGCCUCCGCCCCGCCGCCGGGGACGAGAUCCACGCGCUCAUCGCCGCCAUGGACGCCGACGGCAACGGCACCGUGGAGUUCGACGAGCUCGCCUCCUCCCUCGCGCCGCUGCUCCUGGGGCCCUGCCGCCCCGCCGUGGCCGUCGACCACGCGCAGCUCGCGGAGGCCUUCCGCGCCUUCGACCGCGACGGCAACGGCUUCAUCUCCGCCGCCGAGCUCGCGCGCUCCAUGGCGCUCAUGGGCCACCCCAUCUGCUACGCCGAGCUCACCGACAUGAUGAAAGAGGCCGACACCGACGGAGACGGCGUCAUCAGCUUUCAGGAGUUCACCGCCAUCAUGGCCAAGUCCGCCGUCGACUUCCUAGGCCUCGCUGCCUUGUGA